UUUGCUAUAAGUAUUAUUCAUGACAUUUAUGACAUCACUCAUAUACUUAUGCAUUGAUUAUCAUUGAUAUUAAUCAUUGGUAAAAUGGUGAUAUCAGUGAAUACAAAUGAAAAUCAGUGAGGAAUUUUCGAAAGAUUAUCGUUUUCCGAGGAAUGUCGAAGUAAUCUAAAAGCGCUCGCGAAUGUGUGACGCGCUCCGAUAAUAAUAAUAAUAAUAAUAAUAAUAAUAAUAACAAUAACAACAACAAUAAUAAUAAUAUACAGAAUGCAAACGGCUCAUUUUUAUUGCCAUCUCGCUUGGGGUGUUUGGUGUUUCCUACAAGUUAUUGCCAAGGACUAUGUUCAACUGUCACAAGAUGGACCAGUUGUACUGGGUGGGACGAUCACUUUCAGAGCAGAUGUAUACAGAGAUGGCAAGCGACCAAAAGAUAGUUUCAUAUACAUAUGGAACGAUAAUUCAUUAAUGAAACAUAAAUAUGAGAGCAAAGAAACGUCAAAUACAACAACAUUUUGGAGCAUAAGUUAUCCACGUGAAAACAACAUUCCUGGAAACUAUACAGUGGAAUUAGAAGUCAAACAUCUUACUUAUUCAAUUUUUUGGGUAUUUUAUGCAAGUGCUCGUAUUGAGUUCGAAAUUUCUGAAUCUCUUAAUGGUAAUAUAGCCAUGAAACAAGCUAAUAAAACCAUAGCGGGAGAAUAUAUCUCCUCUACAAAUGAAACCAAACUAAUGAUAGACUUGCGAAAAGGAGAUUACGACUUUAUAAUGCAGAAAGCAACAACGAUAUUGACGUAUUGGUUUAUUGACUGCAAGUAUUACGGUCAGACAAAUGAUUUUGCUUUCGUUUAUAAUUUUACAAGUCCUGGUAUAACAUACGAAGUAGGAGCUUUAGUGAUCGCUUCGUACGACCCGCCAACAACCACAACUAUAGCACCUACAACUACGGUCGCACCUGUUAAUGUGACAACAGUUGCACCCAAUAUUACUACCACAAAGUCGAAUGGGACUCUUGUCACAGUAAUAACAUUACCGAUAACUGUUACGAGUGUAAAACCUCCAAUGAAGUCUACAAUUGCACUUCCAAUUAAUACAAGCACGAUAGAACCUACCAACAUAUCGUUGCCAUACAUUUGCUCAAAUACAUCUCUCAUUCCACCAGAUCCUAAGAAAACAUAUGGAUACUUUUACAAGAAAAUCCAUGUUCGUGCUCCCGUGUCAAAUAUCUCAGUGGAAGGUACGAAUUGGAUCCAACCAUGGGACAUGCUAUCUUUGAAUAUAACUUGCAAGGGAUCGGGUCCGUUUUCUAAGUGUCUUCAAUUUCACCGUGGAAAGUACAAUGCAACGGGAAAUGAAACGUGUGAUGUAAAUCCUGAUUUGCCCUCGUGCAAUUUUUCCAUUCUUCAUUAUUUUCUUGAGCCUGGUGUUUACACAAUAUUAAUCAUACUAAACAACGAAGUUAGUACACAGAUUUAUCCACUAACGAUAAACAUUUAUAAAGUAACAACAAAACCGCAGUUAUCGGUUAUCGUAGUGCCAGUUUCUUGCUCAGUUGUUGCUGUGGUGCUGAUAGUAUUCGGCGUGGCGUAUUAUAUCCAAAGUAGAGCGAGAUUCACGAUAGAAGUCGCGGACUUUGAUUUUGGACAAAGUAAUCCAGAGAUGGAGUAUAAAACGUUUACAGAACGUUUACGGGAUUCAUUUAAUAACACUGUAAGACUUGGCAGCAAGCAGCUAAGCGUACGCUAUUACGGCAGCAUGAAUCAUUAAAACAUACGGGCUGGAUAUAAACCACUCAGCAAUCCACAAACACUUCAGUGAUGCAUGAAAACGAGAAGUAAUAUUUUUAAAAGCGACAAAGGUUGGAACAAAAGUUUCUGCAAGGAACGAGAGAAAAUGAGUAAUCAUCGUCAUGCAAAAAUAUCCGUCGGCAAAUUUAACGACAUUACUAGUGAAGAGGUCUGUCGAAUGCUAUUGUGCUAAUAGAUAUUGGAAAAUUUGAUUUAAAGAUAAACUGGCUAUAAAAAGAAUGAAAAGACAAUGUUGUACAAUUUUUAACAUUAUUGAAUGAUGAAAUCGAGAUUGUACAUAGAUGAAAAAAUUACAAUGUAUAUAUAGGCUGUGAAUAUAAUAUGUAAUAGUGUAUUUUUUUUUAGAAUUGCUCUUAACAUGAAACACAGGAGAAUUUGAUAUUUUUUUAAGGUUGCAAUGAGAAUUAUCUCAACUUACAUCCCUUUUAUAGUUUCAUGCAUUAUUGCUUUGAUUUGUUGUUUAUUAGCAAUAAAUGUUUUGCACGUAUGCGAUAGUGAGUUUUAAAGAAAAAAAAACAAUAGCAUCAUUUAUUAACUUGUAACAUUUACACACAUAUACAUAUACACGCAUGCAUAUGUACAUGCGCGUAUAGAAAUCCAUGAAGAGGCUUUAUUGAAAAGCAAAGUAAAAUCAAGCGCAUUCGUAAAUUUUUAGAUGGUACAUUGUAUUUAUAGUUGAUUAAUAAGUACAUUUUUCAGAAGAUUUUGAUUGAAAUAGAA